UGUGUUUGGUGUCCGUUCAAACCGCUCUUGCUAUUACAAAUAGACGAUGAAGAAUCAGCCUUUUCAAAGAAAACACGUCCCUAUAUGUGUAGAGUAAAGAUACCAGGUAUUACAGUUCGACUUACAUAAUUUGCAUUGAUACAUUUAUCGCCGGUGUUGCGUGUCGUCCUGCUGUAUGUAAUUUCCCAUUAAGUCUUGAAUGCACCACACCUUCUACUUCUGUUCUGGCAAGAAAGAAGAGUUGGGCAGUGGUUGAGGUGUUUGCCCGCUGUGCUACUUUUUGUGGAAGGCAGUUACAUUGAGAGUUAAACGACGUUGGGAUAUAAUGUAUUUGUUAAUUUAUUUCAAGUUUGGGAGGUGACUUGAGUCAUCACAAUGGGGGACCCUCAUUUGAAGCGAAGCAUCAGUCAUGGAGGCUUCACAUGGAACAGCGUGUCGGGACGCUCCGUGGGUCUGAAGCCUGUUCCUCUGCAAAGCCUUUCUGAGUUGGAGAGGGUUCGUCUCCAAGAUGUCGCCUUCAGGAGACUUCUUCGGGAUCGUAAAUUGGGCUGCCACAUUACCAUCCCUAAAUAUGGUCACAAACAUAAGAAGUCCCUCAGACGGAAGCUGGAUUCACUUUCCAAGGAGAAGAGUAAAGACAAAGAGGCGCCACACCAGGUUUUUAGCAUCCCGCUGGAGCAGGUCAUCUCCAACGAUCGCACUCACAAGCAGCGGCAUGAUGCGCCGCCGGAGCAGCACUGUGACCCCACUGAACUGGUGCUGUCCUUCCUCCACUUCACCUCCACCUUCAAGAGGGCCAACAAGGAGCUGUCCAGCAGCAACUCCUCCCUCAGCUCCAAUUCAGAGAGCCCUAAUAAAUCGCCUUUUGUCAGAGCGUCUGAUGCAGCCCCACGAACGCGCAGGAGGGGGGGCGUGUCCGUGGAUUGCAUCACUGACCUAGACGAUAACCAGUCUCAACUCUUGGAGGCCCUCCAGCUGUCUCUGCCAGUAGACAAUGCAGUGGGCAGCAGGAAGAAGAGACACGACAAAAAGCUGAGUCUCAACCCCAUGUACCCUCAAGUGCCCAGGAUAGUGGAGCUCUGCUGCCAGCACCUGGAAAGUCACGGUUUACAGACUGUUGGAAUUUUCCGUGUGGGAAGUUCCAAGAAGAGGCUGAGGCAGCUGCGCGAAGAGCUCGAUCAGGGAUGGGAGCUCCAUUUGGAUGAGCAGCACAGCGUUCAUGAUGUGGCGGCUUUGCUGAAAGAAUUUCUCAGAGACAUGCCCGACCCACUUUUGACAAGAGAGCUCUACACAGCCUUUAUCAACACAACAUUGUUGGACCAGGUGGAGCAAGAGAAGGCCAUCCAGCUCUUGGUGUUCUUGCUUCCUCCCUGCAACUGUGACACGCUGCAGCGCCUUCUGUGUUUGCUGUCGUCUGUGGCUGAACAUGCUGAUGACACGAUGGAUGAGUCGGGGGACAAGAAACCAGGAAACAAGAUGACCUCAUUGAAUUUAGCCACCAUCCUGGGACCCAACCUCUUGCACAAGCAAAAAACCCCUGACAAGGAGUUUGCGGUCCAGAGUUUAGCUCGCGCUGAGGAGAGCAGCGCCAUCAUCAGCGUGGUCCAAAGCAUGAUCAAUGCGUGUGAAUCUCUGUUUUUGGUUCCUGCCGAGCUUCAGAAUGAGGUUCUGCUGAGUCUUUUGGAAACCGAUCCUGAUGUUGUGGACUACCUACUGCGGCGGAAGGAUACUCGUUACUGUGUUUCAGGUCUGGUUGGACCAGGUGAGUCCAUGUCCAGCGGGGAGGCAUCUCCCUAUGAAAACAGCUCUCCUGUCCUGUCUGUACGGCCGCUGCCGGAGGACGACGGGAUGCUCUCGAAUGGCAGCACCACACCUGCUUAUGAGCUGAGGAGUGAUUCAGCAUGUAGAAGCACACCGCCCACCUUUACAAUCGAGGAGGCCUCAGAAGACGAUCAGUUCUGGGACAACUGGCAUCAACUUUUUUGCAGCAAGAACCUUUUUGAACUCAAUGGCGGCCUUGGAGAUGCGUCUGAGUGGAAGUCAUUUGGAUCAUCGGAGGGGCUGAACGGUCGCCAAGGUAACAACAAGCUGCCCAUCAGGCCAACAACACAAAUCUCAUUGGAUGCAUUAGAAUGCAGGCCACGCCCCCUGGUCCCUUGCAGCAGAAGCGGCGGCUGCGGCGACAGCCCUGGCGACCAAAUGGAGUCAAGGCAACCAGAACCCUCAUUACAUCAGGUACCCAUCAGCCAAUCAGGAGCCAUCAGCUCGGACAACUUGGCGGACAGGACAGGACGCCCUGUUGAUAUGUUCCUAAAAGACGGAGGGGAUUGUUUGUUUCGACCUGUCAGGAAGAUACACGUUUCUCAUUCGGCACCAUCCUUCAUCACGCAUCACACUGAAGCACAGACACAGAACAGAACCCCUAGAAAUGGACCGGAACAGGCCACUGAGAAAGCAAAGAGUCAGACAGACAGGUGUCACAUAUGGCAGAUUCUGUCAAACAACAAUGGGGAUGCACUUCCUGAAACACUGGUGUGACACACGAAAGCAGACACUUUUUGAUGAGACGCUGCCAAGCGCUCAGUGGUAGUGCUGUAUGUUUCCAUUACUAUUGUACUUUAUACUGUGUAUACACCAUUCAGCUUUUUGAUGCAUUUAUUCUGAUGUCUGUGUUUCGUUGUGUUUCCUUUUCUGGAUAAUGACAGAAAUGGAAAAAAUUGAAUGCAGCUCAGCCAUAUAAAUACAUGUGGAAAUGUAUUUUAUGUUUUAAGGUUUAACUUUAAUAGCAGCCAUGAAGGUUUAAAUACUGAAUGUGUAUGAAUGCACAUACAAAUACCAGUCCUAUAAUGCUGUUUAGCAGUGUGCUCUCACAAGGGAUUUAUAAGCAGUACAAAAAUGAAUUAAAAAGAUUUGUAUUUUUUUUUACUUUUUUUUGGAGUUGAUGACAUUUUUUACUGAAACUUUUCCGUGGAUUUUCUAUCUAUUAAACAGUA